GUGUGCGUGGUGUUUUGGCAACCCUGGCGCUGCGGCUGCAUAAGUGAAUUCCGACGAAGAGCCGUGUCAUUAUUUUGUUGGCCAAAACAUCGUUUCGUCGAGAUUAAUUGGCAGCAAAAACUCGAUUAUUUGAAGAGCUCGUCGGCUUUAUAUCAUUAUUUUUUUGGGACGUGUGUGUUAUUUGGAUUGCCAUCGAGCACAAUAGGCCGACUUGUACCCCGCGGCCACCCCUCUUCACCUGCAUGGGUGACAGGGUUGCCAGAUCAACGAUAAAGCACAAACUAUUUAGUUUAAUCCGGAAUUCGUCGUUUUUUCCUAGAAAUAUUAGUUAAUUUUAAUAAAUUAUCUAUUAUUUUCCGCAGUUUAAAAAAAUUCAUCUGUUCGUUGUUGUUUUCUAUCCAGUCCAAAUGUCAGCUGUUUCACGCAACAUGUACCAUAAAAAAAGCGGAACAGCGAAACGCAGAAAAAGAGCAAAUCGAUCAAGCCCAGGACAACAACAACAAAAGCAAGAGCAAGAGAAUCAGCAACAACAAGCAGAGAAAGAGAGCUGCUAACAACGUAAACAAAAACUAAACACACAAAAAGAGAUCGCAACAACAACAAUAAUAAGAAGGCAGGGAGAAUAAAGAGAUCGAAAAUAGAGAAGGAGAAAGAGAGAGAGAGAGCAAGAGAGAGAUAUAACGAUAACAGAUAGAUAAAAAUAACAGAGCGGGAACCACACUGACUGAAAGGAGGAGUUCGGGAAAGGAGAGGUGAGGUGGUCAACAGAACGCAGGAUCAAUCACCGCCAUGACAAUCAUACUCUUCCUCGUGGACACCUCGUCGUCCAUGUGCCAGAAGGCGUAUGUGAAUGGGGUGCAGAAAACGUAUCUGGACAUUGCCAAGGGCGCCGUAGAGACGUUCCUGAAGUAUCGCCAGCGGACGCAGGAUUGCCUCGGAGACCGCUACAUGUUGCUCACGUUCGAGGAGCCACCGGCAAAUGUGAAGGCUGGGUGGAAGGAGAAUCACGCGACCUUCAUGAACGAACUGAAGAACCUGCAGAGCCACGGCCUCACCUCCAUGGGUGAAUCGCUGCGGAAUGCCUUUGAUCUGCUGAAUCUGAACCGGAUGCAGUCGGGCAUCGAUACGUACGGCCAGGGCAGGUGUCCCUUUUACCUGGAACCUUCGGUCAUCAUUGUGAUUACGGACGGCGGACGGUAUUCGUACCGAAACGGUGUCCAUCAGGAGAUCAUACUGCCGCUUAGCAACCAAAUACCUGGCACGAAAUUCACCAAGGAGCCCUUCCGCUGGGAUCAGCGUUUGUUUUCGCUGGUCCUCCGAAUGCCGGGCAACAAAAUUGACGAGCGAGUGGACGGCAAGGUGCCGCACGAUGAUUCCCCAAUCGAGAGGAUGUGCGAGGUGACCGGCGGACGGUCAUAUCGAGUGCGGAGUCACUAUGUCCUCAACCAGUGCAUCGAAAGUCUGGUCCAGAAGGUUCAGCCGGGUGUAGUGCUGCAGUUUGAGCCCCUGCUACCGAAAGAGGUUGGUGCCGGUGCCGCUUCCGGUGGCGGAUCAGCGGGAACGGGCUCGAUUUCCAUUUCGGGCACAUCUCUAACGUCCGGAGCGGAUCCACCACCCGAUAUUGUCUUCCAGCCGGUGAAAAAGAUGAUCUACGUGCAGAAGCACAUCACGCAGAAGACCUUCCCCAUCGGCUAUUGGCCACUGCCGGAGCCCUAUUGGCCGGACUCAAAGGCGAUAACAUUGCCACCGCGCGACGCACAUCCCAAACUGAAGAUCCUAACGCCGGCGGUGGAUGAACCGCAGCUGGUGCGUAGUUUUCCCGUGGACAAGUACGAGAUCGAGGGCUGUCCACUGACGCUGCAGAUCCUCAACAAGCGGGAGAUGAACAAGUGCUGGCAGGUGAUUGUGACCAAUGGAAUGCAUGGGUUUGAGCUGCCCUUUGGUUAUCUAAAAGCAGCGCCCAACUUCUCGCAGGUGCACCUCUACGUACUGGCCUAUAACUAUCCGGCUUUGCUGCCCAUCCUUCACGACCUCAUCCACAAGUACAACAUGAGUCCGCCGAACGAUCUGAUGUACAAAUUUAACGCCUAUGUGCGCUCGAUACCGCCGUAUUACUGCCCGUUUUUGCGCAAGGCGCUGGUCAACAUCAAUGUGCCGUAUCAGCUGCUGCAGUUCCUGCUGCCCGAGAAUGUGGACAACUACCUGUCGCCGACGAUCGCGAAUCAGCUGAAGCACAUCAAGAAUACGGCCAAGCAGGAUCAGGAGAAUCUUUGCCUGAAGGUUUACAAGCAGCUGAAACAGCCCAAGCCACCGUAUCGCCAAGUGGAGACGGCCAAACUUUGCACGGGUGCAGCACUGCGAAGGGACUUGGUGCGACAUCCACUGCUGCGGGACACAUUUGCCAAGCUGCAUGCGGAAAUAGAGCCCGUGGAGAACUAUACGAUUGUGGUGCCGCAGCUGACGCAUCAGUCGUCCGCCAAGACGUACCGCAAUCCCUUCGAUAUACCACGUCGUGACUUGGUGGAGGAAAUAGCCAGGAUGCGCGAGACCUUCCUGCGUCCCGCUUCGCUGGUGGCCAAGGAUUCGGGCCACUGCCUGCCCAUCGCCGAGAUGGGCAACUACCAGGAGUACCUCAAGAACAAGGACAAUCCACUGCGCGAAAUCGAGCCGACGAAUGUGCGGCAGCACAUGUUUGGCAAUCCGUACAAGAAGGACAAGCACAUGGUGAUGGUGGACGAGGCGGAUUUGAGUGAUGUGGCGCCGAUGAAGUCGCCAAAUGGCAAUGGACCGGGUGGAGCCCCGCCGGGAUCGCCAUCUGGGUCGGGCUCGCCCACGGGGGCGGGUCCCUCGUCGCCAGGUUCCUCGCCAGGCGGUGGUUCGGGUCCCGGAAUGUCCGGAAUGGGUGGCGGAAUGUCCGGGCUCAUGCUUGGCGGCAGUGGCGGAUCCUCGAAGAAACUCGAUGGCACGUCCAGGGGGCGAAAGAGGAAAGCCGGACCUUUGCCACGUGGCUUCGAAUUUCGCCGAAUGUCCACGGAUUCGCGAUCCUCCUGCUCCAGUGCCGUCUCCUCAACAACGGGCAGUGCGCCAGGAUCUCCGAUACCGGGAGCCACAUCAUCCCUAGUCGGCUGCGAUUCCUCUUCAGGGGGAGCCGAUGGCAACACCAGUUCCAGCUGCUUCGACGAGGACAGCAAUAGCAACAGCAGCUUUGUGAGCUCCACAUCGGAGGCUUCGUCAAUUGACUCCGGCAUGUCCGUCUCCCAUACGGAUCGAUUGGGCAUCGGUUUCGAUUUCAACGAGGAGGAGACCAGCGAUCAGGACACGCCGCUCAACGGCUAUGUGCACAAUUUUAUCAAUGGGAUCAGCGAUGAUGCGGCUUCGGGGGAAACGGAUGCGGUACCAGGUGGUGUUUCACUGCCGGGAGCAUCGCCAGCUAACGAACCGCCAGCUGGACCACCACCAGCAGUGACACCAGCAACGCCAGCGGCAUCUGUGAUCCAGACCAGCAAUGGCAGCGAUGUUUGCUCCUCCGUCGCCGCCAGCAGCAGUAGUUCCAUCAUCAGUUCCAGCGCCAGUUCCUCGGGAGUUCUCUAUGUGCCCCUCAACGGCCUGACCACCCAUGCAGCCUACAGCAGCAAUCUGGGCGGUCUCAGUUCGCCGCUGGACAACCUGAGCUCCUUGGGUGGAGCAGGAGGAGCAGGAGCAGCCGGUUUACUGAGUGGCAGCAAGCCGGGAUCGUUACCCCUGGCCAAUGGCUAUGGACAUCCGCAUAGUUCAGCCAUCUCUCCGCCUUCGCCGCUAUCCUUGGUGCCUCCUUCGCCGCUGGGAGCCAGUGCGCCCGCUGCCGGCUCGUCGGCAUUAUCGUUCGGCUCCGCCUACUUCAGCCACAAUGACAUCAACGAUGCCUCGGAGAUCUCGCGGAUACUGCAGACCUGCCACAAUGGGACCAGCAGUGGCUCCUCGGGCGGAGCGGGAGCAAUCAACAGCAAUUUGAACGGGAAUGGCAGCGCGGAGAGUGGGGGAACCUCGUCCGAGGAUCAUGGCUCGCUGGGUGGCAACAGUUUUGAUGCACUGAAACGCAACGCGGGACUGGUGGGCGGCACUGGAGCGGGGAAUCCCCAUUAUUUCUGGGCCAGUGGCCUCAAUCAUCACAACAAUAACAACAAUAGUGGCGGAGGAACACCGGGCAGUUCGGUGAUGGGCAACAGCCACAAUCAUCGGGGCAACAACAAUAGCAGCCCCUGCAAGCUGGAGAUCAAGAGCAGCACCAGCUGCAGCUCUUCGCCGACGCACAACAACAACGGAGAGAUGAGUCCCACGGGACAAUCACUGCCCCCCAUCUUCAGCGAGGAGCAACGUGAGGCGGCCCGCUUGCACAAUAUUGAACUGCGACUGCAGAUUUACCGGGACAUCCGGCGACCCGGUCGUGACUAUAGCCUGCUGCUGGAGCACAUGAAUCUGGUCAAGGGCGAUUAUGAGAUGCAGCAGGAUUUCGUGGAGAUGUGCAUCGGGGAAUCGUUGCGCUUCCGCCGACAUCGCAUGGUGUCCAGCAUCCAGGAGUGGUGGGAUCGCAAGCAGCAGUUACCGGGAGGAGGAGCAGGAUCAGGAGCAGGAUCUAUUGGAGCCCCGGCAGCAGCUACCAUCGCGGAGCAGGCCGUCGCCAAGAGUUAACGAUGGCUCAUGUGGCACCACUGAGCCCGCGGGGUCAUCCAAUCCAUCUGUCUGUGAUGUCAACGAAAUCGAAAACGGAAUCGAGUUCGCAAAAAAAGGGAAGAGCAGCUGCGGCAGCCAAGAAUUCUCGUCAAUUUCCAUAUAUUGUAUAUAAAUGCCAGGACAGCCAGCCCACACAGGAUCUGGAUCGGGAUCAACGCCGGGGGAUAUAGCCACUAUAUCGCAUACCAAACAACCAACAACAAUAAUAAUAAUAACAACAACAACAAAACCAACAAGCAGCAACAAUUCUAAAGCAGAGAGAACACCACAUUUUUGGGGGCGAUUUCUUAGUAACUUAAGGAGUUUAGAAGUUUUUGUAGGGCGCUCGGAUUUAAAUCCACUCGCCAGCAGGCAGAUGCAUGUAAUUAUACUAAAUAUAAAUACUUAAGUUAGCCAUUAGUUAACGAUAAAACUUAAAACAAAAAAAAUCAGAAAAACUAAAAGAUUUUGUAGCAGCCGGUUCAGUUGUAACUUUUUUUUUUUACCUAGUAAUACAAUUUAUUUUUCUCUUUUACGUCUAGGAAUUAUAUUAAUUAGACUUAUAUCAAUUUAAGUGUAUAUUGUAUGUGUAUAAAAAAGGGAAAGUUUAGGAAAAGCUUGAGCUUAAUGAGCCUCACACAUUUUAGCCAAUUUUUGUUGGACCUGUUUCAAGAACACUUCGCUUUGAUUUUAGCCAAAACGAAUAGAGAACGUAUAAAAUGCAAAAAUUUACACACACACAUUAUAUAGUAUAUAUAUUAUACAUAUAUUUAUUGCCUAAAUCAGGUCAUCGUUUCAUGAUCUAAAAUAAUCGUAUUAUAAUGUAUUUUCGGUUUCCUACAAUCCUUUUUUUUUUUUCUCUUAUUUCAUAUAUUCUAUUAAAUAAUUAUUCAAAUUUUAUCUCGAGCGCAUAGCCUAAAAAAACUCAAAAUAAGUUUUUGAAAGGCAGACAAAACGAAAAGCAAAAAAAGGUACCGUUUGUUAUAUAUAUAUAAAAACCAGAAAAAGUAAUACAUUUUUGCACUAUU